UUAAGAAUGUAUUAAAAUAAUAGAUAUGUUAAAAAUCAGGGCACUUAACAGGGAAUCAUCUUCGGAUGAAGAUGUUCCUGUUAUUAGAAGAGAAGCGCAAGAAGAAAUAGCCCUUGAACUAUAUAAUAAAUCUCUUAGAUUUCAAAAAAUUAAUAAUAUAAAGGGGUCAGAAGCUAUUUUAUUAAAGUUAAUUGAAGAAAAUAUUCCAUUGCUAGAAAAUAAUGGGGGUCUUCCAAAAUCAAUGUCAACUUUAAAAUUUUCUUGUUAUCUUAAUUUGGGACAUGUAUAUCUAAAGCAAGAAAAUACAAGUAAAGCCUUGGAAAACUAUUUAACGGCAUCUGAGCUUGAUGGAGGUGAUGUAACACUUUGGUAUAAAAUUGGUAAACUAUCAAUAAAAGAAGGAAAGUUUAGACAGUCAUCUUAUGCAUUUUCCAAGGGUUUAGAAUGUAGCGAGUCACACUGGCCCUGUUUGGAUAAUUUAAUAUCAGUAUUAUUUGCAAUUAGAGAUACAGUGGGUUGUUUGUGUUACAUUACAAAGGCAUUAAUCAAGGAUGCAGAUUAUACCAAGGGUUUAGUCAUAAGAGCACAAAUAUAUAGAGACAACCCAGGCACAAAGGAUUAUUAUAAAUUAUAUAAUCCUGACCAUAUUUGGGAGCCACCACUGGAUGUUACUAUAGAUAAAGAGGAGGAAAAAUUGUAUCUGGAAGAAGCUGAUGAAUUAAGGCAAAAAGUUUUAGAAAUAGAAAAAUCUUUGGCCCCAAAACCAUUACAAGUUAUACCAUUACCAAAACCAUUGGAAGAUUUUACAUGGUUAUCUCUUGCAAAAACAGUGGUUCAUUUACACCAGUACAUUACUGAUAAUGAAAUGAGUCAUUUUACAAUGUUUGAUAUGAGUAAAUGCAUGAGCCAAACAGAACCUAUGCCUCAAAAAAAUCCUGUAGAUAUUGACACUGUAGAAACAAAGGAUCAAAAAUCUCCUGAGCCAAAUGAAUCCCAGCAAGAACUACCCCCGCCAGCUCCAAUUGAGGAAAAAAUGGAAGUGGAAGCUAUUAUAGAGAGAAGGUUUUCGCAAACCAGUGAAACUAAUACCAACAAUGAUGGGCAGGAGCAUACUCCUGUUCAAACUGACAAUGAUGAGGAGCAGGCAACAGAACAGGAAACUGAAGAUCAAGAUGAAAAUGAUUCAAAACUUGAUAAAAGCAAACCAAUUAGGGGAACAAAGAGAAAGAGAGAUUUGCUUUCUGAUUUGCAGAUAUGGGGUUGGCAUAGUAAGAGGAAAUGUACAAAAAAAGGAAACAAGGAUAAAGAUUUUUCUAUUGAGGAUGCUUUGAAUAGAAUAAUUCCAAAUUAUUUAUUAGAAAAUAAAAUCACAAACAAACCUGUGAGUUGUACGGAAGAUUCAAUGAACACAAUGGAUCUAUAUAAGCUUUAUGUUGAAGACAACGAAGUAAACCUUUUGUCGCCCAUAUCUUCACCAAAAUCCGGAAAUCCCGAACCAUACUUUGGCACAAAUGAUGAAAGAGAAGAUGUUCAGCAAUUGUGGACAAAACCUCGUCCCUAUACUGAUGCAAUUGUAUUAAUAAAAGAUUUUGUGAUAUCAAUUUCCAAAUUCUGGAAUCACAAAUGGACUAAAGAAUUGAUUUCCUUAUAUGUUAGUGCUUAUAGCAUGUACAGAGAGCAUUAUGAUUUACCACAAGUGUUUUGUAAUGAUUCGUCAUUUGAAGAAAUUCGGGAUGAUGCAUUGGCAACUUUGCUAUAUGGAGAACUUUUACAUUUUACAGAAGAAAGAAAUGAGCAAAUGCAUAUUUCUUACAUUACCUUUUUACAACAUGUAAGUGGAUGGAGUGAAUGUUGGAAAGAAGAAUAUUCAUCGUUUUUUAAUAGAGUUUAUUGGUUAAGAGCUCAUUUGUUUAGAAUGGAACAUGAUAACGAUUUGGCUGAAAGGGCUUUACAAUUGGUGGAAGAAAUAAUUGAGGAUGAAGAGAAGCGCAAUAAUGAAAAGUAUUAUUUAUUACUUCCCAAUUGCACAAAAUAUGGAAUCAUAACAAGUAAAGUCACUGAAAAAAUUCUAAAACAUUUGGAUUUGAUAAAUUCCUUAAGUAGUGUGGAAAAUCUUUAUAAAGAACAAAAAUAUACACAAGUAGCCAAUAUAAUUAAGGCCACAUUUACAUCUCCCGGCAGCAAUAAUAUUCAAGUCGGUAGAAUGGGUAGACCAGCGCAAUUGGGAAUUUUGUUGCACUCACUUUGGUUUACCGAUAUGAAUGAGUGUUUUGUUUGGACCGAGGUUUGUCUUUACGAAUCACUGGAGAACUAUUUAAAACCGUCCAAAGAUCAUGAUAAAUGGGAAAAGAUGGUUGAUAAGUGUUUGGCCAUUUUACACGAAAUAAUUAAAUCGGAGACCGUAAGCGUCAUUGAUGUUCUCCCUGAAAGAAAAAGAAAACGUUUUGUUGAAUCACUUAGUAAAGUUGUUCGCAAGCAGUUAAAUUCUGAAAGUCCAAAAAUGCCCUUAGGUAUUGUUACACCAUGGAUUUUACUACAUUAUGUCUUACUAAGAGAGGAACAUCGCUCUCAAGCAAACAAAAAAGUUUGUCAUGUUAAAAACAAUAAAUCGGAUCCAUCUAUAAGUCCUACUGGUCAAAAUGGUCAUUUGGAAGGAAUGGAGGAGGAGCUACCACCCUCUAUUGCAAUUCUGUUUUCUGCUCAUGAAUUUUUAGGUCCAAAAGGAUGGUGUUUAACUGGUCGCGGAGAAUUGCUUCAUUUUAUCCUUGAUACUAUAUUGGAUAGGCUUGAUACACCAAUAUUUGAACAUCUCAGAGAAAAAAUUGAUAUUCAUAUGGAACAAGCUUUGUUUUGUUUAUAUCAAUAUCCACCAAAAACAAAUAAGGUUUCGCGUCACUUGGCUGACCACAACGUGGAUCCAUUGUCACUAACUUGGGAACGCGCCUUUCAACUGUACGAGUUUUACGGUCCAGACUGUCUACCGGAAUUUAAUUCAUACAAGAAUGUUUCGAUAACAGCGGACCUGGAGCAACUACUUAAAAGGAUUAUAGCUUUAGUUCCUCCCGAGUGCGACCCAAAAAUUACUUUACCCAAAGUCACAGACUACUUAAGCGGAAAAAUAGACACACUACCCGAGCCUUUAGAAUUUCCGAACAAAGUUCGAGCAAUCUACUACCUUAUAGGAGACUACUAUUUUAAACAGAGAGAGUUUAAUCGAUGCAUGAAAUAUUUCCAAAUGGACAUUUGCAUUAAUCCUUUAAGGUUGGAUUCGUGGGCAUGUCUAGGAUUGGGAUACUCAAGUCAGUUGGACAGCAAAUUAAAUUACUGCAAGAAAAUCGUCGAAUCCGAGUUCCUGGACAUUGCCAAAUCUGCGCAAGUUUGUUUUAAAAAGGCUUUAUCAUUGGCACCGGAUCAUCUGAUGUUAUGGAUUGAAUGUGGCUCUUUUGAAUAUAUGGUGCACUCUUAUUGUUCCAGGCUGCUAAAAUACGAGUCUGAAAACUUUAGCAUGGAGAAGUUUGAACUAUUGGAAACGCAAAAGGAACAUUACCUAGACAGUUCGGGAACAAGUUUAGAAAAUGCUAUAGCAUUAUAUGAAGAAAGUGAAGACAGUGAACCAGAUGAAAGGUGGCUUCAAUAUUAUAUAAUUGGUAAAAUUGCAGAAAAGAAACAAAAAGAACCACAGGAUUAUUUGCAAUACUAUAUAACAGCCAGCACUUUUCUUCACGAAAACGCCGCUACAUACCCAGACAAAAUCAACUAUAAUAAUCCCCAACAUUUGGCGGUCGAAGCCUUGGAACUUCACUAUAGAAUUAACGCGUCAGUUUUAAAAUUUUUGGAGCUACAUGAAGGAAAAGAUAUUCCGCACACCAUGGGUUCUUUUUUCCGCAAAUGCCUGCAUACCACCCUAUUAUCUAACAUAACCAAACCACUUCCACCUAAACCAGUUGAUAAACCACCAGUUGAAACACCAUCAGCAGUUCCGCAGGCAGCAUCAAAUGUCAGUUUUCAGGACCAGUUUCUUUCCAAUUUAGAUAAGAAUAUUGAACAAAGUUCUGCAGCUGCUGCAAAAUGUAAUGAAGCUAACAAGCAAAAUAAAGUAGAUAAAGAACUAAAAAAAGACGUAAGGGAAUUCUUGAUGGACACUAUAAUAAAAGUAGAAGAAAAAUUGCUUGGAGAAUCAAAAAUGGAGCUGGAUAAUGCAGUUGGAGUAAUUGAACAAAUUAAUCUAGUCGAGAGUCAAAAGAAAGAAGAACUAUUACAAAAUGUGAAGGAAGAAAUGACCACUGCUGAAAGAAAACUUCAGAAUGAUCUCAAAGUUGUGGCGGAAAUUGUGAUACUUUCUGAUUCAGACGAAGAUGAUAUAAUAAUAGCCAGGCAAACGGAAGAGGGUAAAAAGUAUCAAGAACAGUUAGAAAAACAAAGACAAGGCAAAAAUGUGGAUGAAAAUUCUCAACCGAAACAAAGUGUACCAUCAAAACAAUUAGAAGAAAAUACAAUAGAAGAAAAAAAACCUAUUUCGUUUGAGUCCAAAGACGUGCAAAAACUGUUGGAUGAAAUGAUGGAAGAAACAAUGAAAAAGGCCCAAUUAGAGAGCAUGGAUAUUGAUUCUGAUGUAAGUUUUACAGAGGAAAAAAAAGAAAAAGCAGACGUUUUUAAUAACGAUACCGUGGAAAAAAUGGAGGCAUCUGAAAUAAUCAGUAUUUCUGAACAUAAAAGUAAUAAACCUGAUGAAAUUAAGACAGAUAUCAAGGAUGAAGAGAAAAAGAAAGUUUUAGAUUUGACCGUAGAAAAAACAGCGGUGUCCGAAAAGGCAAAAUCAGUUAAAGCCGAAAGUGAAGCUGAUGAUAUAAGAACAUCGGUGGAUGACGAUUCAAGCAGUUCCAGCAGUUCCUCUAGUAGUUCAACUAGUAGUUCAGAGUCAGAUAGUGACGAUUCUAGUUCUUCAGCGUCAAGUAGCGAAUCGGUUUCCGAUAAUGAAAACAUGUCCAACAGUGAAAUUUUGGCGUUGGUUGAGAAAUGUAUCGCAGGAUUGGAGCUUUGCAUUCAAAGAUUGCCUCAAAAUUACAAAGCGCUUUACCGUCUUGCGCAUGUAUAUUUUAAUUACAAAACCAAAAAAGAUUUUUCAAAAAGUAAACAGUUACUGUUAAGCGAGUACAAGUGUAACAAAGGAGAUUCUGUUAUCAAUGGAUUAUUUGCUGAUAGAAAAGCUAACAACUUUUUUAAUGGUAUAUGGAGAAUACCGUCAACAGAAAUUGACAGACCUGGUUCUUUAUCAGCUCAUAUGAAUAGAUGUAUUUCACUAUUACUACAAAUAUUGCAAAAAACUAAUGAUACAAAAACCUUAUUGGACUUGUGCACCCAACUAAAGAGGCCGCCAGACCCUGAUAAAAUUUAUAUUAAAGAUUCUGAUAGACUAGCAUUUUCGGAACAGGCAAUGACAAUGUGUAUUCAAUGUUUGCGUUCUCAAAUGAAAAAUAUACCAAAUAUGAACAAUACUAAUAAAAUUAAGUUAUUGCAAGACAUAUAUCGGGUUUAUUUAAGAGUUCAAAAAAAUAUACCCGGUAAAGAAAGUGUAUUUGCUGGAAUUUUGAUUGAUUGUUACAAGAAAUUUAGAGAAGAUAAGUUACCCGAAAAUAUAAAUGUGUUGGAUUGUGCCAAAAAAUUUUGUGAACAAAAUAAAGUUUUAGAGAAAACUAAAUCUCAAAUUCAGAGCAGUCCCAAUUUAUCAAGAAGCCCUGGUUUAGCAAGCGCUCCAGUAUUACCGUCACCAUCUACAUUACAGUACAAUUCAAGACCAGCUCCUAAAAGACCAGUAGCAGGUCGUCCGCGUGGCCGUCCACCUUUACCAAAGGUACCAGGACAAGUCAAAACUCCAAGGGGUAAAAGCCCUAUCGCAGCUAGCUACAAAUCCAUGUAUGAACGCAAUGUUGCCAUUGAGUACAUGAAACAAUAUCAAGAACUUAUUAACAAAUACAGCAAAAAUAUGACGCUUCCACAACUACAACAUUUUAGUCAGCUACUUACGCAAAGUUCUUUGCCUAAUCCACUUGGUAUAACUUCAGGUCUAAGCAAUCAAUUUAUGUCCAACAUGGCAAAUCUUAUGAACCCUGCGAGCUUAGCUGGUCUAAUGGGAGCAGGAGAUUUAACACAAAGCCAACUAAUGAGUAGCUUUAAUCAAUUAAGCCCCACUACAAAUAAGAAAAGUAAAGAUAAAGUCGCAACUACAACUUCUUCUAAUGUGAUAAAUGAUCAAUUGAAAUACUUAUCCAAGAAAAUGCAGUCUAAUGUCAAUAAACCCACUAGCUCUAAGAAAAAAGAAAAAAAUACUAUGAGUAUUGAACAGUUGAAAUAUUUAAACAGUUUCCAGAAUAUUGGAAAUAAGCCAAAUACUAGCAUAAAUACAGCUGAUAUUAGUAUGGCAAGUGGUACUACCAAUAUUAAAAGUAAUAUUCAACAUACUAUUACACAAACAAGUAGCACCAAACUAAGUGUAACCCUAAACACGUCCACUGCUUCUAAAAUAAGUUCUCCCAGUAUGUCCAGCAGUAAACUAAGUGUUCAGCCUACAAGUACCUAUCAAAAGUCAAAAUCCUCCAGUAGUCAUGAAAGUGGGAAGAUAUCCGUUGCUGGAUUUGCAAGUUGUAGCAAAUUUAACACAACUUCUUCAAGCUCCAUGCCCAAAUAUAAAGUUUUAAGUACUUUAUCUAAUGUAAUGCCCAAAGCAAAAAUGAGUACUACCACAACAAAAUCUUCCUAUAAGUAUCCCUCAGCAGAGACACAUUUACUAAUGCAAAGUAGUUUAGGAAAGAGUUCCAAUCCUAAAGUAUUCAAGGAACCAUCUGCUUCACAUAAAAAUAUAGCACAACAAUCCUCCCAAAAAUAUCCAAUAGCUUCUUCUCCAAAAAGCGCCCCAACCUCUUUAGAAAAUCCCAGUGUUUUUUUAAAAGAACGCCCUAGUAUAUCAAUUACACCAGUAACAACAACCAUUUCAACAACUGCAGCACCUUUUCUACAAACCAGCCCUGGGAAAACUUUACAAGAAAAACUAGCUGACAAAAAGAAGCAACAUACUACCAAAUCCAUCCCAAAAAAUUUAGAACCGUCAUUUUCCAAAGAAGCCCUCUCAUCUGUUAACCUAAUGAAAAAUUUUAAUCUACCAAACAUCCCUGCUUCUUUGUCGGUUUCAAAGUCGAUGGUGUCCACGACCCAAAUGCAACCGCACAUGUCCAACUCAUUGUCUACGAGCGGAGUGGCAAAUUUACCCUCCGCUCUUUCUGUGAGCAACAUACCAUCCUCGCUGUCAUUGAGCGGUAUUUCCAAUUUGCCUUCUUCUUUGUCGAUGAGCAGUGCCUAUAUGGGUUUGGCAGGUCAAAUGCCCAUGCCAAAAUACCAGGAUCCCAUAUUACAACAUACAAUGCCGGGGUCGAUGUCUUCGAUUUCACAACAAAUUCCCACAACGAAGUAUCCGGGAGGACAUGGUUCUCAAAAGGAUCAGUUUCCAUCAAAACACCACAGUCCAUCAAAUAAAAGUUCAAGCAGUAAACCUGAAGUAAGAAAAAAGCAUUCUGCACACAUUAAAAAAAGCCCCCUUAAAGAAAAAAUUGAUUUGGAUCAGCAAACAUUAAAUCUGAUUAAAAAUCAAUUAGUAAAACAAACAAAAGGGCCAACAAAAUCUGAAAGUAUUAAGGCUACUAAAUUAUCCGGUACCGUUGAAAUAUUUCCCGCCGUUUCAAAAAAACCUGCAAUGCCUUUACCACAUCAAUCAACUUCCAGUAAAAAUAUAUCAGCCACAAUCACCAAAAUAAACCCAUCUGCAAGUGUGCAUAAGGUUUCUCCAUCAAAACUCGAGGUGUCUAAAAUUGUAGAACCAAGUACUAAAGAUAUAUGUUCGAGUAUAUUAAAUCUUAAAGAAGUUCAUAUAUCUAAAGUUUCAAAACCCCAAAGUAGACCUUCUGAACAAGUAGAAAGUAACCAGCUAUCUGAUGAAGAUGUUAUUAUAAUAGAUGAUUAAAUAAUUUUAAUACGUUUAAUUAGCCUUUCAUGCACUGUCAAUGUUUAUCCUUUUUGUACUUUGUAUCCAGUAGGUAUAUUAGGCUGAAAUAUUUUAUAAAUUGUAUAAUAAAUAUUAUUUUACCUUUAUUUAAAUAAACUAUAAUAAGUA